AUGGCUCUCGUCGAUUCGUCAUCUUACACCCAUCAUAGAGCAUUUCUUAGUUCUCGGCAAUCCAGCUUCUUGGCCCCCAGCAUCCCGGAGACGGUGAAGGCUUCAGACCCAAAACCAAGCCACCUUAUUCCAUGUUCAGAUUCAGAUAUUAUCGCAUCCUCUUUUUCUCUCGCCAGUUUCGACCCUCUCUUAGUGGCGAUUGGGGACAAUUCUUCGAGAGAAGCAUCCUGUCCACAACCUGAGGCAGCCUCCAGCAAUUCCGCUGGCUUGGAGCAACCGGCCACUCAACCAAUUCCCUCCUUCGACUAUAAACCCCAGAGAAAGGCACCUUUCCAGAAAUGGAUGCAAUCCCUCCGCCGUAAAGCAGUGCGAAUGCAGUCUGUGCCCGUUCCCGGCAAUUUUAGCCACCAGGGCCUCACGCCAUACGAUACUCAGGAGAAGUUAUCUCUGCGAAGCCUUGGUCAUCGGGCGUCUUCUUCAGGAUCGUCCUUUCAUUUUGUUUCCGCUAUCCGGAGUGCUAGUGUCAGCCUUGCCAGUGCAAGCACAGUGACGCGAUCCAGGAGGAAUACAACACGAUCAUUCCGUCUUUCGAAAACAGACAGGAGUAGCAGAGGCUCGAUAGCUGGACCGAGACUGUCUGAAGAUAGCCUUGGUCCGGACAGAACAGUAGUCCUCGAUGCUGCCAUGGUUGGGCGCUCGCUCCAGCGUCGGCGCAUAUUAGAGGAACUUAUAAACACCGAAGAAUGCUAUAUUGGCGAUAUUCGAUUUCUGAAAAAUGUAUAUGUUACGAUUCUCGCCUCUUUACCAACUCUACAAGGCGGCCUUCGCGCCUCAAUCAAUCGGAACCUGGCAGAGAUAAUUGAGCUUCACGAGGAAAUACUUGGAGAACUUCAUCGCGUUGUACCACUUUCAGAGUACACUCAGACUGAAGCUAGCGUAUCGCUAAGCCAGAUGCCAACGCACCCGGCUCACAGGCGGUGGAGGAGUCUCGAUGCAGUCCCUAAGCAUGACAAAAGCGGUCCGUUGCUUCAAGCAUCUCCUGGAAUGGACACUGAGCCACAAAUUGUUGCAGAGGUGGCAAGGAUAUUUACAAGAAGGGUGAAUCGCUUCUUCAUAUAUAAGGAAUAUGGUGCGAAAUACGAGAUGAUGGUCAAAGAUGUUGCUUCAGCCCCCCAGGCUAUGCCUGAGUGGGAUACAUACCAAAGAGGUUUGGAGGCUCUAGCAUCGACCUUGGGGUCAGCUAAACAUCUGCUUGACACAACACGAAAAUCUCUGACUCUUAAUGACCUUCUUGUAAAGCCAGUACAGAGGAUUUGCAAAUACCCCCUUCUGUUUGCCGAACUUCUCAAAUAUACACCCGUAUUUGACUGCCCAAAUUCCCAUAUGGAAAUUGAAAGUGCUCUUUCUAGGCUACGGGAAGCGACAGCUGAGAUCAACAAGGCGACUGACGAUACUGAAGUCAAGACCACACUCGAAAAGACUUGGCUCUUGCAAGAUCGCCUUGUUUUCCCCCAUAGAAACUUGGAUGCCGCAACCAGAAACCAAAUACGUACAUUUGGGCGUAUCGAGCUGUGUGGCGUCUUACAUGUGUGCUGGCAAACGACAGUCGGGGUUGAUGGAAAAUACCUGAUCUGUCUUCUCUACCGGAAUGUAAUGUGUCUAGCUACGGCAGGUAGAGCCGAUCCAUACUACACAAUCGUGGCUAGCGUCAAUCUUCUUGCCUCGAGAAUUGAAGAAGUCGAUAAUGGAAGAGGACUACAAUGCCACACGGCCCCUUUCUCCUGGAAACUUGUCUUUGAGUGCAACCAGCAGCUAUAUGAAUUGAUUUUAACCGCAUGUUCUCCCAAGGAGGAGUCAGAGUGGCGCUCACGAUUAUCUCAGCCGAGGAAAGAUGAGCAGGAAAUGAGAGAUGCAACGACGUUCAGCUCACUGGAGCUCAAUAUUAAAAGCCUGGGUACUGUUUUUGGAAAGCCAGGAACUGUGGCUCGGCGCCUUUCAAUUCACCGAGCAACUACUGUAGGAGCCAAGUCUCCCCUCUAUCAAGUAAUUCUCAAAAACACAACUGUCCUGAAGGAUGGAACGAAUCAUGGCUCCUCUUCAACGGCUAUCAAUCGUUCACAGUCUCUGUUAUGCACAAAUACAACCUCGAGACUGCCUGUCCUUGCUCCCGCCCGAGCGGAAAGAGCUCGGCUUGAAGCUCAACUGGGAGAUGUAUGGAGCCGAGGUAUUCUGCCCUUUCCCGGUAUGGCCAGUCGGUCUCGAAGUGACCACUUGGUAAGGGCCUCAUCAGUCAUGAAGAAAUUGAGUGUUGCUAGCCUGGCGAGCUCCUUUGGCAAGAGAUCCGGUAGCUUGGGCCAGAGAUCUAUUUCUCUCACGGAUCCAGCUGAUGGAGAACCUUUCAAAUUAGAGGAUAACCAAGGCCUCGAAGCUGUUCCGGUGAUCGAGGAGGACUUGCUAGACUCGCAAGCAUUGAAGGUGGGAAAUCAGCACCAGCGAACGUUUUUCACCCGGAGCCGUUAG